AUGUAUUUCAAUCCGAAGUAAUCAAAUUUGUACUCAAAUCAUGUUUAAUGUUUUCGCUUUUUAGUUUUUAAAAACCAUUUUAAAAAACUGCAAAAAUCACGUUUUUUGCAUUUUUCUCGAAAAGUAACUGGGAAAGCCCCCAAUCUGACUUCGGAUUCAGAUUCAGUGACGAAAAAUACAAAAGCAUACACCUACCGAGUGAUCUGCUCAGGAUACUUUUUUCUUUUGGUGGGCCUGCGUUAUGAAUAUUUCAAGACAAUCAAUGGUUUUUUUUUUUUAUUUCCAUUUAUUUUUUUAAACUGGUCACGUGGUCACGUGGUAUGCCAUUCAUUCUCGUCUACGUCUACGCCUCAGAGGCGUGUAGAUACAGUUCUAGGGAUAAAAUAAUUUCUAAUUAUUAUCAAGAUAUAUAAAAUAUUUGAAGGAUUUUCGCUGAGUAUCCAUGCAUGUUAACUGAUUUAAUGUUUUAAAGGAUCUUGAUCGAUUUUAGAACGCAUGCAAAUUUAAAAAGGUUUUAUUGAUUAUAAAAAUGUUUCCAAAUUUUUCAAGAGAUUUCCCAUACAUUCCAAAAGGAUCGCAAUAACGAAAUGCUAAGAGACUUGCGAGGAAAAUGCAGAAAGCGGUCGUCCUUGGUUCGCUCCGUAACCUCAAGCUUUUCGCCUGCAGAUACAAUAAAAUGUGACUUGUAAACCGUAAUUAUUAAUAUGUAUUUUAUUUCCAUUUUACAAACUGAAAUUCAAAUUAUUUACAAACUUAAGGCCAUUUGACGAGUGGUUCACGUGACCAGAUUCCUCCCUUACCGACACCUUUCUUAUUUCCCUACCUAUUUUCACACAAAGCGCCACAUCGAGAUGAAAAUUUGGGAUAAUAAAUAGGAAACACAAAGAAAGGUGGGCCUGGUCCUAAACUUUAAUAAUUAUAAAAGAAACAAAAAAAAAUUAUUUACAACAAAAAACUUUUUUCAUAAUUAUACAACUUUAGGAACAGACCCUCCAUUCUUAAUGCUACUGGUUAAAUAUGCCAAAUUUUCAAUUCGAUGUGGCGUUUCGUGUGAAUAUAAGUUGGGAAAUACAAAAAGUGGCGGUAAGGUAGGAAUCUGGUCACAUGACCUUAAAGACAUUUUUUUAGAGUUUCCACCUUUUCUAAAGUCUUUCUGGUCAAAAAUUUAUUAAUGUUUCUGAAUAUUUUAUUCAUAUACACUAGCCGUCCAGCAAGACGACCUCCGGCAAGACGACCCAUUCAACAUAAGGACGGGCGAACGCUCAACGAAACGACGGCGGAGGCCGUUCCUAUAUCCCCUUCACUUUCUUCUCUGCAAUGCACACGACCUGAUGUUUCACUUCACACAUAAGUUCGCUCUCCACCGCAAACGUUGUCAGCGCAGAAUAGUGGGGAACCCUCACGCCGUUGUCUUGCCUGACGGUGUAAGACGCGUUCGUCGUCUUAUUGGACGGCUAGUGUAUAUAAAUUGCAAAAAAUCUGCUUCUGUUUUUUGUGUCUUUUGACGAUGUCAUUUGGAACAAUGUACAGUUGGACCUCACCUGCCCUACCUUUUCUGCGGAGUAAUGAAUCUAAAAUUUCAAUAACGAAUAUCGAGAGUUCAACUAUUGCAGCACUUAAUGAUGCUGGAGCAUUAUUCGGAAACGUGAUAUUCUUAUUUCUCUCGGGGUUCAUUGGACGAAAAUACUGGAUUUUUAUGCUAGCCGUACCUUACACACUUUCAUGGUUAAUGAUUAUCUUCGCGAAGAACGUAUAUACAUUAUAUGCAUCACGCAUUCUCGGUGGAUUUACCUCUGAUAUGUGCUUCUGCUUAACUACAAUGUAUCUGGGAGAAAUCGCUGAUAAAGAGAUUCGAGGCAUGCUACUUACUGGAAUAAGAAUUUUUCUGAAUUUGGGUCAUGUGUACGUAAAAACAGCCGGAGCUUUUCUUUCUUACAAGACGAUGAACAUAAUGAUGUUUGUCGUACCCCUUAUCUUCCUAGCAACUUUUUUAUUUAUGCCAGAAAGCCCAUACUAUCUCUUAUUGAAUAAUCGAAGAGAAGAAGCUCUGAAAACACUCAUGAAACUGAAAGGAGUAACGAGAAAAGAGCUUGUAAAUACUGAACUAGAAAGACUACAAACAUCCGUAAAGAAGAGUAAAAAAAACCAAAAGUCGAUGUUUCGAGAGUUAUUUUGCAUAAAAGCACAUAGAAAAAGCUUUUCUAUCGUAUUAAUAGCCUGGAUGACGUCAUUUCUAUCUGGGAGGAUAUGUAUUUCUGCUUUCACACAGGAUAUUUUUAAAGAAACUGAAAUCCCGCUGUCACCAGAAAUCUGUACAAUUAUAAUCACAAUCGUCAGCGUAAAAAUGACUAUAGUAUCUGCAUUUAUAAUUGAACGUAUAGGCAGAAGAAUUUCGUUUAUAUUAUCAGGCUUAUUUUGUGCUUUGGUUUUAUUAAUGGUAGGGUUAUUCUUUUUCUUAAAAACGCACCUCAUAUUAGAUGUUAAGUCAAUUACUUGGCUACCCCUUCUCGGACUAAUUGUUUACGAAGUAGCCUUCGCUUUAGGACUUUCCUACAUUCCCAUUGUACUCUUGGGUGAAAUGUUUGCCCUUAAUAUCAAAAUUCCAGCUGGAUUUGUCAUUAGUAUUAUAGCUAACAUUUUUAUUAUUUUCUUAAAGGCUACAUUCGCGUGGCUAAACAAUAUAGCGGGUAUCUAUACAACGUUUUGGAUUUAUGCUAUCUGUUCGGUUGUUGGAUCGCUUACUUUUGUUCUUAUUGCACCUGAAACUAAGGGGAAAACUCUUGAAGAAAUUCAAGAACAUCUUAACGCGAAAAGUAAGAGAAAGAUACAGAGGGAUCCUUUAAACAAAUCAUAAACUCUAGUUCAGCGACAAAAUUAAUUUCAAUUGCAGAAUUGAAUGUAAUACUCGUAAACUAAUUUUUUUUUCAUUAAUUGAAAUAAUUUUAAAUCAAAUUAAGUUUUUAGAAUUUGUCUACGUCUCAUACAGAAAAGCUUUCAAUGCCACACAAAGAUACUGAGCAUAAGAAUAUUUAAACCUCGAAACCGAAAUAUAGCUGCAAAUUUAGGAUAAAAUAUUUGAUCACUUCGGUUUUAUUAAUUAAUUAUUCAUAUAACCAGUAAAUACAAUUUUUAAUACCUCUUUUUAUUUUUCUUGAUUCUGAAGAUUGGAUUAACUUCAUUUUGUGAUCGAAUUAAGGAAAUUAUUUCGCAUUGAUUACAAAAAUAGACUUAUUUUUUUCUUUUAAUCAAACACAUUCUUCAAGUAAAAAUUAUAUUUUUCUUAUUACCCGUGUGGAAAAAUGGAGUGGGCCCCCGUCAGGGUCCACAUGGAUUCUCCUCAUGUCUUGUGGAGUUAAUGAGAGCAAUUCAGGCGUGGUCCCUUAUGGAAACGACAUGAUAAUCCAUAGUAGGCUGGGACGAAAAACCAACAU